AUGGAGACGCCCUACAGCGGCGAGGCCCUGGCCGGAGGCGGGGGGCUGGGGCCCGUGGAUGUGCCCAGCGCCCGGCUGACCAGAUACAUUGUGCUGCUGUGUUUCACCAAGUUUUUAAAGGCUCUGGGACUUUUUGAAUCCUAUGAUCUCCUGAAAGUGGUCCACCUUGUCCAGUUUAUCUUUAUAGUACAGCUGGGGUCUGCAUUUUUUAUGGUUUUGUUUCAAAAGCCAUUUUCUUCUGGAAAAACUGUGACCAAGCGCCAGUGGAUCAAAAUAGUUAAACAUGCGGUUGUUGGCUGUAUCAUUUCACUUUUGUGGUUUUUUGGCCUCACUCUUUGUGGACCUCUCAGGACAUUGUUGCUGUUUGAGCACAGUGAUGUGGUUGUUGUGUCACUGCUUAGUGUUUUGUUCACAAGUUCAGGAGGAGGACCAGCAAAGACAAGAGGUGCUGCGUUUUUCAUCAUUGCUGUGAUCUGCUUAUUGCUUUUUGAUAAUGAUGAUCUCAUGGCUAAAAUUGCAGAACAUCCUGAGGGCCAUCAUGACAGUGCUCUUACCCAUGUUCUUCAUACAAUCAUUGCUUUCCUAGGAGUUGCAGAUCACAAGGGUGGAGUGCUGUUGCUGGUACUGGCAUUGUGUUGCAAGGUUGGUUUUCAUAUGGCUUCCCGAAAGCUCUCUGUAGAUGUAGGUGGAGCCAAGCGUCUUCAAGCUUUGUCUCAUCUUGUUUCGGUCCUUCUGUUGUGCCCAUGGGUCAUCGUCCUAUCUCUGACAACUGAGAGUAAAGUAGAAUCCUGGUCCUCUCUCAUCAUGCCUUUUAUAACUGUUAUCUUUUUCGUCGUGAUCUUGGAUUUUUAUGUGGAGUCCAUAUGUUCUGUCAAGAUGGAAGCCUCAAAGUGUGCCCGUUAUGGAUCGCUGCUCAUUUUGAUUAGUGCGCUGCUCUUUGGCAGCUUCUGGACACAUCCGAUAACAGAUCAGCUUCGAGCUAUGAACAAGCCAGCACACCAUGAAAUCACAGAGCACGUUCUCUCUGGAGGAGUGGUAGUGAGUGCCAUUUUCUUCAUUUUAUCUGCCAAUAUUCUGUCCUCCCCCUCCAGGAAAGGGCAGAAAGGCACUCUUAUUGGCUAUUCUCCUGAAGGUAUUCCUCUAUAUAAUUUUAUGGGUGAUGCUUUGCAGCAUAGUUCUCAGUCGUUACCCCGGUUUAUUAAAGAGUCACUGAAACAAAUCCUUGAGGAGUAUGACUCUAGACAGAUUUUCUACUUCUUGUGCCUAAAUCUGGCUUUCACUUUUGUGGAACUCUUCUAUGGAGUGUGGACCAAUAGCCUUGGUCUAAUCUCAGAUGGAUUUCAUAUGCUUUUUGAUUGUUCUGCUUUAGUUAUGGGACUUUUCGCAGCUCUAAUGACUAGAUGGAAAGCAACCCGCAUAUUUUCAUAUGGGUAUGGCCGUGUAGAAAUUCUCUCUGGAUUUAUUAAUGGCCUUUUUCUAAUGGUAAUAGCUUUCUUCGUGUUCAUGGAGUCUGUGGCCAGACUGGUAGAUCCUCCAGACAUAGAUACAAAUAUGUUAACUCCAGUCUCAGUUGGAGGGCUCAUAGUAAACCUUGUUGGUAUCUGUGCCUUUAGCCAUGCCCACUCCCAUGGGGCUUCUCGUGGAGGCUGUCACUCACAUGAUCACAGCCAUUCACACCAUGGUCAUGGACAUGGACACAGUCAUGGCCAUUCCCACAGUGACCAUGGACACAAUCACAGUCAUGGACACUCUCAUGGGUUUUCAGGAGGAGGCAUGAAUGCCAACAUGAGAGGUGUGUUUUUACAUGUGUUGGCAGACACCCUGGGUAGUGUUGGUGUGAUCAUAUCUACGAUAUUUAUUCAACAGUUUGGAUGGCUGAUAGCUGAUCCCCUGUGCUCUCUCUUUAUUGCUACAUUAAUUUUUCUCAGUGUUAUCCCACUGAUAAAAGAUGCCUGUCAAGUACUUUUGCUGAGGCUACCACCAGAAUGUGACAAAGAUCUGCACAUUGCGCUAGAAAAGAUCCAGAAAAUAGAUGGUUUAAUAUCCUACAGAGAUCCUCAUUUCUGGUGUCACUCUGCUAGUGUUGUGGCAGGUACUAUACAUGUACAGGUGAUGUCAGAUGUGAUGGAACAGAGAAUUAUACAGCAGGUAACAGCAGUUCUGAAAGAUGCUGGAGUGAACAAUUUAACUGUCCAGGUGGAGAAAGAAGCCUAUUUUCAACAUAUGUCUGGCCUCAGUACAGGAUUCCAUGAAGUCAUUGCUAUGACACAACAAAUGGAAUCCAUGAAAUACUACAAAGAUGGCACUUACAUCAUGUGAUGUGAAGUUACAUUCACCACUGGGAUAUAAACUGUAGUAUUCAAUAUUUGUAUUAUUUUGUCAGGAGAUCUUGCACAUAAAUGUACAGAAACAAAUAUAGUAUAUAUUUGAUUUUUUUAUAAAAGCUUAAUAUGUUGAGACUGGAUCAGGGUGCUUUUAUAAAGGAAAUAAGAUGGACUAGAACAUUUGCUGUAUAUGUGGAAAUAAUGUAAAUCUGAAAUACUGUACUUGGUGUUUAUUAAACAGAAAUCUUGCUACAUGUGUGUGGAUGAGCACAAAUGUAUUCCAUACCUUCCCUAAAGUAUGGAACAUCAAAUCAAGAAUCAUGUUCAUGUCAAAAUUAAAGGGAAAAGAAAACGCUUUGCAAGAGAAACAAAAUUGCCUCCAAAGAUACUUUAUUUCCUUCAAAAUGAUUUUGAGGAAUCUGUGUGUGCGUGCAUGUUUACACAUUUAUUAUGAAGAGUAAAACUUAAACUGCAUAUGAAGUCAAGGUUUUUUGCAGAGUUUUAGAUACAAAAAGGAAUAUACAAUUUUAUAUUUAUUCACUCUGUAUAAAACUGAUUUCUAACCAUAAUUUUAGUACACCAAGGCAAAUAGAUGCUAUCAUUUUAAAUUUAUAUCAAAAUGACUAAUUU